GGUUCUUUUUUUCUAAACCGCAAGAAAAGGGGGAGGGUUCGAUCACCGAGAGAACCAGAACGAGAUCAAGCGCGGAGCGAGAGAGAUCGUUCGUUGAUGGCGGAGGCGGCGCUGUAGAUAGAGAACCAUCGUGGAUUCCGCGAUCUCAUCUGCGGAACUGGGGGGAAGGAUCGAUCGUUGCUGCCCUUCUUGAUUGGGGCUUCGACAAGGGACCUGUGAACUGGCUUUGAGGGUUCUUGCUCGCAGGGUUUCUUGUUGAUGUGGAUCAGAUGCAUUACAUACACAUUGAUGGAUAAAAUUUGGGUGAUGUGUUUAAACUGACAUGGGUUUUGGUUGCUUGAACCAGCCCUGGACUGUUGAAUUUGUAUUCAAUUUUAAGGCGCAGGAUACUAUUGGAUACGUUCUACUGGUGGAGAUGCUUCUGAGUUAUCUAUUUUAUAGACAUCGAUUCUCUCUCAGAAAAAUAAUUUCAUCUCCAGGCAUCUUUUGGCAUUCUGAACGUAGUUUUUGCCAUAUGCUUCUUCAGUCAUCACGUUUUUGUCACUGAAGGACAGUUUGACACUGGAUAUCCAAAUCAAGAUAUUCUGAGUGCCGGAUAGUAUAGUUAAAAGGGUGUAAUAAGGAUUAUCUUGGAAGAUGAUACAUGGUAUUCUUUAUUGCUACAUUAAAAUGGAAAAUAAGCUCAUCUCAUAGCAUCUCAGGGUUUGUGUAGGAUUCUCUACCCAAAUGACACAAAUACUGUUUUCAAGCCAGAAUAAAUUUCAAGUUGGCCUGACUCCAAAUGCGGUUUUAUCUCCAGAUAUUUAUGUAUCCUGGAAUUUAUAGGAGGGUGUUGUUACUUAAUGAUGUUCUAUAGGAAAGGACCAUGGAUCAUGAAGUUCAGAAGAGGUUUCCUGCCAAUCCUAAAGAGUACAAGUUAUAUGAGGAAGUUGGUGAAGGUGUCAGCGCUACAGUAUAUAGGGCCCUUUGUGUACCACUUAAUGAGAUAGUUGCUAUCAAGGUUCUUGACCUUGAGAAGUGCAAUAAUGACCUGGAUGGAAUCAGACGUGAAGUUCAAACUAUGAGCUUGAUUGAUCAUCCAAAUGUGCUUCGUGCAUAUUGUUCUUUCCCAGCAGAUAGGAACCUUUGGGUAGUUAUGCCUUACAUGGCCGGCGGAUCAUGUCUUCAUAUAAUAAAAUCUGACUUUCCAGAGGGAUUUGAGGAGCCAAUUAUUGCAACUCUUCUAAGGGAGGUUCUGAAGGCUCUUGUUUAUCUUCAUGGUCAUGGGCAUAUCCACCGAGAUGUUAAGGCCGGUAAUAUAUUAGUUGAUGCAAAUGGAGCUGUGAAACUAGCUGACUUUGGAGUCUCAGCAUGUAUGUUUGAUACCGGGGACAGGCAACGGUCACGAAACACAUUUGUUGGCACUCCAUGCUGGAUGGCUCCUGAAGUGAUGCAGCAAUUACAUGGAUACGAUUUUAAAGCAGAUAUAUGGUCGUUUGGUAUUACAGCUUUAGAACUAGCACAUGGCCAUGCACCAUUUUCGAAGUAUCCUCCGAUGAAGGUGUUGCUUAUGACCUUACAAAAUGCACCACCAGGUCUUGACUAUGAGAGAGACAAGAGAUUCUCAAAGUCUUUUAGAGAAUUGGUGGCUGCUUGCCUAGUGAAAGAUCCAAAAAAACGUCCGGCCUCAGAAAAGCUUUUAAAGCAUCCAUUUUUUAAACAGGCCCGCUCAAAUGAAUAUUUAAAAAAGACUAUUCUUGAUGGUCUUGCUCCACUUGGUGAUCGUUUUAGAGCUCUAAAGGGGAGAGAGUCCAAUUUUCUUCUGCAGAACCAGGCUAUCUAUGAAGAUAAGGAGCACUUGUCACAGCAAGAAUAUAUCCGAGGAAUUAGUGGAUGGAAUUUUAAUCUUGAGGACCUGAAAACUCAAGCGGCACUUCUUGAUGAGAUCCAUACGAAAGAUCUUGAUAAGAAGCAAAAGUCAAAAGAUUCUACAGAUGAUUAUGAUGGCUAUAUAUGCGCAGGGCAAACUUUGUCCUCUACAACUGAGAAUCAUGGUGCAACUCCCAAGGAGGAUGGAUUGGAGGAUCUUCAGGAUUUGGAGGGUCCGUUCUCCUCGGCAUUUUCUGGCCGCCCUCUUCAGGCGCUUAAAGCUUGUUUUGAUGUUUGUGAGGAUGAUAUUGAUGCUACCAGUCCUAAUUUAAAGGAUCCAUUACACCUAAGUUCAGAAUCGAUAUCCCAAAAGCAGCACCAAUCACAGGUAGGAGAUCUUGAAACUAGAAAGGUUAAUGGUGAAAAUUUGGGAAAAAGUUAUUCUGUACCCAAGAACAUAAAUGUUCUUGGACGUCAGAAAUUCUCAAGUGGUUCACUUGUACCAGAGCUUGUUCACUCAUCUUCAAGUAACAUUGCUGGGGAUGUAGAAAGGGGUGAUUCAAAUCAAAAACAGCAGCAUGAAAGGAAUUAUAGUGGACCACUUUUGUAUCGCCAAAUCAGAGAUUUUGCGGCUGCAAGUGGGCAAGAAGAAUCUUUGGAAGGAAGACUUGUCCAACGGAAGGGGCGCUUCAAGGUUACAUCAGCCGAUGUCAAUGCAAAGGUUGCUUCAGUGACAAACUCUAUCAGCAACCAAGUUGGAGUUGCAGCAAACUACCCUGUAAAUACAGCCUCACUGCUUCCCACACUGCACUUUUUGUUGCAGCAGAAUGCAUUGCAAAGGGAGCAACUGGUGAAGUUGAUCAAGUGUGUGGAACAAUCAUCCAGUCGGCAAUCUGAAACUCCUAGUGUGGACGCGGGCACCAGUGACACAUCGCAGCAGCCUUUUCAAGCUCCGAAUACUAGUCGGGAGAGGGAACUGCAGACCCUUCUUUCCCAACUACAACAGAGUGUGGGUUCCCUUGCUGAGGACGUUCAGAAGUUGAAAGCGAAGAACUCUCAGCUGGAAAGACAAAUUGGGGCAUUUGUGGGCAAAGGUGGUAAGUUUCAGAUCGCAAAUGAGGUGCAGAGAUCUAACCUGGACGGUUGAUCGCAAUGUAAUAUUUAUUUGUACAAUUAUGAUGGCAGGUCCUCAAUUUUGAUAUUGUUCAUUUUGGGUGUAUUAUUAGUGUGUAAUUCGAUUAUUAUUAUUAUUACUAUUAUAUAUAUAUAGCUUAAUUAAUGCGUUUUCCUUU